UCCAGGCUAUAUAUAUCCUCUGCCUGGACCGCUCGAUUCCCAAUCCGUUGCAGCAACUUGACUUUCUUCAUCGCUAACCGGCAGGACACUGAUAACCCACAAAACAUGGAAAGCAAACCAGAUCUGGGUGAGGUCACCAACUUCGACAAGACCAAGCUGAAGAAGACCGAGACUCAGGAGAAAAAUCCUUUACCAUCAAAAGAAACCAUCGAACAGGAGAAGAAGGCGUCUCAGUCCUGAGGAGAGGGACAUCCCACGAUGCACACUGUACAUUCCACGAGCAUUGCCUUCUUUUUCCACUUGUUUUAGCUCUAUAACUUUGUAAAUGAAAACCUAAGUUGCAUUGUGAUUGGACGAACGCAGAUGACUGUGCGUCAGACCCCCCCCCACCCCCCCGCGCCCCCACCUUUCCCGCUCCGUCCCCAUCCCCAUUCCCAUCCCCGUCCCUGUCCCAAUUCCCGCCCCAAUUCCCGUCCCUGAACCAGUUUUGUAUCGGCGAUGACCGUGUGGCAGUCUGUGCAGAACGCCCGUCCUCGUGUCCUCCGAAAAUCUCCGCAUGGCAACAGGGGGAGGAGCUAGGACGGGGCCCUAGCAACGCAGGAACCGUCGUUCCGUACAUACGAACCGAACCUAGCGUAUAGCCUGGCCGCCCACACAAUGCUUUCAGAUCGAACAGCAUUCACUUUUUUUCCCCCUCUUAUUUCAAAUCUUGGAAUGCACAAUAUAUAUUUUUUUUUGAUAUGCAAAAUAAAUUGUUAAACCCUGUAAUGGUAUGUGGUUCUGUGAAUGGAUUAAAAGUUUAUUUUUAUUUUUAUUUUAAACUUUGGCCAAAACUGGAGUGGAACAAAGAGGUCAGGAUGAACACAUGAGAUUUUUUUUUUUUUUUUUUAACCAUUCCUUUUUUUAUAAUGCUUAAUUUGGGAUAGCUUUUUAAAAUGUUUGUUUUUGAUAACAUUUCAAAUAGACGGUUUGUUUGGACUUGUCUCGUUAGAAUUGUCUCAGUGUAAGAAGACAUGGAAAUGGAAAUUAAACCAACGUGGUUUGAAUUUGACUUAAAACAGCCAAUCAAAUUGUUUUCUGAAUUUAAUUGUGAAAACUCAACAAUCAUAUUCUGGAACGCCCUAUUGAGAAAAGUGGAAACCAAAAAUGUUCUAAUAAAAGAUUUUUUUAUUUGCA